AUGAGUACUUCCACUCAUUUUGUUCAUACAAACAAGGAUUUGUUUCCUAAUCCGCAUACCUUUGACCCUGAACGCUGGAUCCGUGCUGAAGCAGCCGGCCAGCGCCUGGAGCAUAUGAUUGUCACCUUCAGCAAGGGCUCUAGGCAAUGUCUGGGCAAUCAGUAA